AUGGGGAACACCAUGCGAGGCAUCAUUACCUUCAUCCCUUCUGAACGCAUACAGCAGUUCUUAGUGGGAGAGCUGAAGGAAAUGCCACUGGAUCGGACACUGGACCUAAGCAGUCGGCAGCUGCGGCGCCUGCCCGCCUCCACCUGUGUGUUUGAAGAACUCCUGAAGCUUUAUCUCAGCAACAACAAACUCAGCAGCCUCCCCUCUGUCCUACAGGGCCUGAGGAAUCUGCAGCUCCUGGCCCUGGACUUUAACUGUUUUGAAGAGUUCCCUGAAGCCAUUUGCUCAUUGCCCCAGCUGAGCAUCCUUUACCUGGGAAACAACAGGCUGUACAGCCUCCCCUCUGAACUCAGAAAUCUCACAGAACUCAAUACUUUGUGGCUGGAGACUAAUUGCUUCACUGUUUUCCCCAAGGUAAUUUGUGAGCUUUCCAAUCUAAAAACUCUGCACUUGGGUUACAACCAGAUCCGCAGUUUACCAGAAGAUCUAAGAAGACUACAGGAGCUGAAAAGCAUCUGGCUCGCUGGGAACCAGUUAACAGAAUUCCCACCAGUGUUGUUAGAAAUGCACUGUCUUGCUGUUAUUGACGUGGAUCGAAACAAAAUACGCUACUUCCCAAAUUUAUCUCACAUGGAAGGGUUAAAACUUAUUAUUUAUGACCACAACCCGUGUGUGAACGCUCCAGCAGUAAGUGAAGGUGUGAAGAGAGUGGGACGGUGGGCAGACUGUCCCGACCCUGACACUGAAGAAGACACAUCAAAAGUGACCAGUGAGAACAGUGCGGAGGUAACAGAGGAGGACCACCACAAUGAAGAUACACAGAACUCUUAAACAGCCUUUGCUAUGGCCUAUGAGACAGAACGGUCUGACAGACAGCUCAAAACACCUCUCAAGUGGCCCACUCAAAACUGGGCAUGCAGGUCUGGGUAUGCUGAGGAGCGGGGCCAUGGUAUUUGAACCAUAUAUGGUAAAGAAAUCAUUAUGGCAAAAUAAGCACAGAAUAGUUUAUAUAGAUUUAGACAAUGAACAUAACCUACAUAUUUACUGAAACAUUUGGGUAAGACAAUGAUCUUUACAGACUGAGAGUACCUACUGAGGCAAAACUCCAAACGACCGAGGGUUAAAUUCAAUUAGUAGAUGCUCUAUCACCAUCAAUGCAUUAUUUAUUUCACAGUGAGUCUGUGGCAUUGAAAAAUGUGGCUAAUGGCCCAUAAUAUCUCCU